GUGUGUGCAGCUCGGAGACCCCUCUAUAUUCCCCGCUGUCAUCGUGGAGCACAUUCCAAACGCAGAUCUUCUGCACGGUUACUCGGGUUUAACAUGCGUCAAUGAGCCAAGUGACAUGAUUGCGGAAAACUCCUUGGAUGUUGCUGAAGAGCAAAUCAUAGAAGAUGAUGACCUAACUCUCACAGUUGAAGCAUCGUGUCAAAAUGAAGAUGAAACAAUGGAAACGAUUGAAGCCGCUGAGGCACUACUGAAUAUGGACUCUCCCAACCCUUUGCUGGACGAGAAGCGAUUAGCAAACAUUUUUAGCACGUGUGAAGAUGAUCUGAUUCUUACCCCGGUUACACAUGUAUUCGUCACUGUUGAUGGAAUACCAGAGGUGAUGGAAUUUCACCAGAAUGUGUAUGAAGAGCCCACCGAAUCUCAGCUGAACGAGCAACCCAAGAAGAAAAAAGGGAGAAAACCAAAAACACCUAGACCAGAAUCUCCUACCACCACACCAAAUAUAUCUGUGAAGAGGAAAAACAAAGAUGGGAAAGCGAUAAUAGAGGGCAUAAAAGAUGGCUUGAAUGUUUCUUAUAUGCCUUCUGUUUCUAUGUGGUACCAAGCAUUACUGCUGGGAAUACUAGUAGAUUCCAAAGCCGUCUCUAAACUGUGGGGGAAGCAUAAGAACAAGCCAGACAUGAACUAUGAGACCAUGGGGAGAGCACUCAGGUACUACUACCAAAGAGGAAUACUUGCUAAAGUUGAAGGACAGCGCCUUGUCUAUCAGUUCAAAGAAAUGCCAAAGGAUCUCGUGUUUAUCGAUGAAGAUGGCACAAGUUCCAGCACAGGAUACUCCGGAAACCUGUCUUCUGAUCCCUCCUUGCACUCUUCAGCUUCAACUCCCAGCCGGAACCAAACAAAAGCAUCCAAAGGGCCUUCAAACACUGGGACAAGAGGUAGCUCAACCACUGUUCUAAAAAAUGGAGCUUCAAGACCCUCGAAAACAAAGGAACCGGCGGAGCCUCCGCAGCAACAAGUGUCCUUGUUGCCAUCAGAGUUAUUGAGGACAGUGCAGACUGCUGAGUCACCUCAACCUUUCCCCACUCAGCUUUUCCGGACGUUGCAUGUAAUGCAGUCUGGGCAGACUGUUCCUGAGCAAGCUUUGACGUGUACCAUUCAGAAUGACACUCUGCCUCAUGCACAGACCAUAAGGACUAUUCAACCUCCAGGACAAGUGCCCGUAGUGGUUUCACCUGGGAACCAGCAGCUUCACACUGUGACACUCCAAACCGUGCCCCUCACCACAGUCAUAACAAGCACAGACCCAGCAACAGGGGCAGGGUCACAGAAAUUUAUACUUCAAGCCAUUCCUUCAACCCAGCCCAUGACAGUGCUCAAAGAGAACAUGGUGCUGCAGCCUUCAAAAUCAGGAUCACCACCACCCCCCAUUGUCCUGAGCUCAAACCAGGUUCAGCAGGUUUUCAACAGCAAUGGUCAGAGCCUUUGCAAUGGAACAGUUAGUAUGCCUUCAUCGCCCACCUUCAGUGUGAGUUCUCCAGUAAUGACCUUCUCGCCCAGCACAUCGACACUUGUCACGCAACCAGCAAACACUGUUAUUACAUCUGUUAUCAAGUCACCGGAGUCUAGACAGACACUUGUUCCUGCAUCUUCAAACCCUGGAGGAGCAGAGAGCGCAUCAGAAACUGCCGACCACGCAGAGCAGAACUUCCAGUCAUGUGUGUUGGUGGUAGCCAGUCCCAAUGGAUUUCCCUCACAGCUGGAAAUAAAACAGGAAAAUGAACAGUGGGCAUUUGACUCAAAUUAACCAAACAUGAAUAUUUAAUUUUUAUUUUUUCUCUCAAAUGUGAUGGGCUGUUCCUGAAUAAUGUAAUUUAAAAAAAAUUCUAAGAAAUCUAUUUUUAUUUUCCACUCCCCCUUGCUGAGUGCUAAUUAAAAGUUUAAUUAAAUCUCAGUGAGUUUUGAUUUUAAGUUGUUUUUGUAUCUUGUUUAUGGAAUUACAAUCAGGAACAAGUCUGAAUUCCAGUUUGUGUACCAUUGUGUCUCAGAUUCCCCUUACCGUGAAGGAACAUGCCCUUUCUGCUAUGAAGAUAUCAUUUUUUCUGUUUCUGAUGGAAAUAUUUUUCUACAAGUCUGUGAUCUUUUAACCUAUUCACCUAAGCAGUUAUUUUUGUACAUCCUAUUUUUGUUUUCUUGUAAAUAAUUUACACCAACCCAACUAUGCUUUUAAGAUAGAGAGAUUAAUUAUACGUUACAGCAACAUGGCUACAACAAAAUAGCUUAUCGCUUAAAAGUAUCAAAUGAAAGCAAAAAAUAUCUUUAAACCAAAUACAACUUUUUUUUUUGUUGUUUCUGCACUGUUCUAAAGGCAUUUUUGUAUUUUUUUACCCCUUUCAUUACUAAUUCUGGAUUUAUAUAUAAAAUAUCAAUCAACCUCUCUAGAUCUUUAGCAAUAACAAAUGUGCCUUGGUUUAAACUAUGCAUUAAAAUAUGCCUUGUGAAAGUAAUGUACUGGUAUUGUACGAGGAUUUUUCUUUUUUACUUGUAAAUAAUGUAUAUUAUGUACGCCAUGAAAAUUGCAAAAAAUGUGCUUAUUACAAUUAAUUUCUAUUUCUCUAAAUAGAUUUCAAAAAAAUCAAUUUUUAUACACUCAAAAAAUGUGUAGAAUUCAAAUGCUAUAUGUAUUGAUAGAGAUGGAAUUUGUAUUUAAAGAAAAUCUAAACAUCGUUGAACUUGGUUUUGUAUUUUUAAUUGGUUUCUUAAAAAAUAAUUAAACCAUGUGAGCAAAAAGAUA